AUGGAUAUCACUUCAAACGAGCUUCUUAGUAGGAAAUCUGUUUCAGAGAAAGGAACUUCUUCUGAAGGCAAUACAUCAUUAUUUUCUGCUUGUGCUGAAACUAUUCUCUCCCCUGGUUUGGGUUUUGCUGUGAGUGUUGGCGAGAAGAGAAAGAGGAGUGAGCUUGGUGAGGGUUGCAAUACUGGAAACACUAAAAGAGAGUUCAAUGAUAAUGGAGAUGAGUCGGUACAACCAAAGAUUUCUGAAUCUUCUGGUGUGAAGUUUAACGACUUUGAUAAGCUAAGGGAAGAUGUACGCUUUACAGUUGGCCAGAUUUGGGCUCUCUAUGACACAAUAGAUGGGGUUCCUAGACGGUAUGCUCUGCUCAGAAAAGUUUCAGCUCCGUCUUUCGGGAUAAGGAUCACAUAUCUAGAGCCUGAUCCUGAUGAGGAGAGAGAUAUCCAAUGGUUUGAACACGACUUGCCUGUUUCUGCUGGUAAGUUCAGACUUGGGAAGAGUCAGAACACAACAGAUCGUACAAUAAUCUCACAUGUUAUGCAUUGGAAUGAAGGAAGCAGCGCUGGUCAUCUCAUUCUUUCCCCGAGAGUAGGCGAGACUUGGGCUAUAUUCAAGAACUGGGACAUUAACUGGUCUUCAGAGCCAGAUUCUCACCGCAAAUAUGAGUACGAAAUUGUUGAGAUCUUGUCUGGUAACACUGAUGGAGCAGGUGUAUCUGUUGCAGUCUUGCACAAAGCAAAAGGCUUUGCAAGUGUCUUCUUUCGGAUGGGAACUGGUGACACAGGCAUAUUUCAGAUUCCGUCUCACAGUUUGUAUCGGUUCUCCUAUAGGAUCCCUUCCUUCAGAAUGAAAAGAGUUGAGAUCAAAGGUGUGCCAAAAUAUGCUUACGAGCUGGACCAAGCUGCACUGCCUGGAACAAUCGAAGAGAAAACCGUGCCUCCUCAUCUAAUUGCAGAGCCUAAACAAGAAGCUCUCUGCUUUCCUAGUGGAGAAAAGGUUUUUCAAAACGGCCAGAUCUGGUCAUUUAAGGCAGGUUACAAUGACAUGCCUCGCUACUUCUGUAAGAUUCAGAAGAUCACUCUAACUCAGGAAUUCGAGCAGGAAGCAGAAGUGAAGCUACACGCAGGUUGGUUAAACGGUGUUCCAUUCGCUGAGAAUGUCAUCCAGUGGGAGGAUAGGAAUAUGCCUCAUGGUUGUGGAACUUUCUUGGUGAAUAAAAGUAGUUCAGUAUUCUAUCCACACCAUCUUUUACGUCAGGUGGUGCCUCAAAUCUCCAUGGAUGGAAAGGAGUAUACCAUUCUGCCCAAUAUUGGCGAAGUUUGGGCGAUAUACAGAGCCUGGUCUCAUCGUAUUUAUUUCAAGGAAGUGGAGAGAGACUACUUGGACUAUGACAUUGUGGAAGUUCUUGAUGACGCCUCGGACUUUAAGGUUUUGACAUUGGAGGCUGCGUUUUAUUCUGAUGGAGAUGCAAAGAAGAAGACGGUUUUUAGAGCAGCUGAGAUCAGGCAGCCUGGAUUUGACGAUGAGGAUGGGUCGGAAGUGGUAUUUACAAUCCCAAAGUCGAAAAUGCUCAGAUUCUCUUAUCAGGUUCCUGCUUCCCGUUUAACUAAGGAGAUAGAUGGAGUGUUGAAAGAGCUUUUUGAAGUUGAUUCUAGAGCAUUACCCUCGAACGUGCAGCUGUAA